AUGGAAUACAAGGUGAUAAGGAUUUAUCAAGUGGAAACUCAUAAUAUAAAUAAAGAAAAAUAUUACACGUCUGAAGUUCAAGUGUACACUCUUGGGACAAGGUUUUGGCGUAGUGUAGGGUAUAUCAAGCUACGUUUUGAACGUAGAUAUUCUGGGGUAUAUUUCAAUGGAAAGCUUCAUUGGUUGGUUAAAGAUGUUGAAGGAAAUGAGUCAAUUUGUUUUAUUGAUAUGCGCGACGAGUUGGACGAGUGGACUUUGGAUACUGAUGAAGAGUUAAAUCGGGAAAAAGAUAUGACCUUUUCCACGGCUCCUGAAUUUAACAAGAGGAAACGUAAAAACUUACCCGCACCACGAGUUCACACCAAUAGAGACUACCAAGAUUAUAGGAGUUUGGGAGUGUUGGGAAAUUAUCUUUGCCUAUGUGACAAUAACACGAAAAGUCAUCUCGAUAUAUGGGUAAUGAAAGAAUAUGGAGUGCAAAGUUCUUGGACCAAAGAAAUUGUCAUAAACAUAAUCCCAGAGUGCAAUUGGUUUUGCUACACAAUGGUACAGGUAUUGAAAGUUUUUCAAGAUGGAGAGAUCAUGUUUCAGUUGGGGGAAGAUGUCUUGUUUACGUAUCAUCCUGAGAAGAAAACUUUGACAAAAAUUGAGUAUUUUAGUGGUCGUUUUUGGGCUUCUACUCAUGUCUCAAGCUUACUCUCACUCAAGAAUUUUGGGACAGGAGUUGUCAACACUUUCUAA